AUGAUUCUUAUUAAACUGCAAAACAAUCUUGUUGGUAUCUUACUCUAUUAUUUUAGUAGGAGAAAAAGAAAAAAAUAAUAAGAAAUGCAUUUGCGCGGUAAUGUCCAACACUCGAUGGGCGGAGCAUAGUAUUAUACAUCACAUCCGGUUUUAAGAGCGAUCUGUGAUUGGAUAGUCUCUUUGUGGUUUCUGUUUUAGUGAUGCCUGUGUCCCAGCCAGUGCGUGCCAAGAGUUUGUUACGCGCAAACUUAGAAAAUUCUCGCGGGCGACUUUUGCAGAGCAGAAUGCCAAACAUCAAAGUCUUCAGUGGCACAUCACAUCCAGAUUUGGCUCAACGCAUUGUUGACAGACUUGGUAUUGACAUUGGAAAGAAUUUUUAUAAUAAUUAUAUUUAUUUUGUUUAUGAUUCUGUUAGCGUGGAAAUAGGAGAAUCCGUUCGUGGAGAAGAUGUAUACAUUGUUCAAAGUGGAAGCGGAGAAGUCAAUGACAAUUUAAUGGAGUUAUUGAUUAUGAUCAAUGCAUGCAAAAUUGCUUCUGCAUCUAGAGUCACUGCUGUAAUUCCUUGUUUCCCGUAUGCAAGACAAGAUAAGAAGGAUAAGAGUCGUGCACCUAUUUCAGCAAAAUUAGUAGCAAAUAUGUUGUCAGUAGCAGGAGCUGAUCACAUUAUUACGAUGGAUUUGCAUGCUAGUCAAAUACAAGGAUUUUUUGACAUUCCAGUUGACAAUUUAUUUGCUGAACCAGCUGUUUUAAAGUGGAUUAAAGAAAAUAUUAUAGAAUGGCGAAAUAGUAUCAUUGUUUCUCCAGAUGCUGGUGGUGCUAAAAGGGUAACAUCUAUUGCUGACCGAUUAAAUGUUGAAUUUGCUCUUAUACAUAAAGAAAGGAAAAAGGCAAAUGAAGUUGCUAGUAUGGUAUUAGUUGGAGAUGUAAAAGACAGAGUUGCUAUUUUAGUAGACGAUAUGGCCGACACUUGUGGUACUAUUUGUCAUGCAGCAGAAAAACUUCUAGAAGCUGGAGCAACGAAAGUAUAUGCUAUAUUAACACAUGGCAUUUUCAGUGGCCCAGCAAUUAGUAGAAUUAAUAAUGCUUGUUUUGAAGCUGUGGUAGUAACAAAUACCAUUCCUCAAGAUGGCCAUAUGAAGGAUUGCCCAAAGAUACAGGUAAUUGAAAAAUUGUACAUAACUAAUAUAUAUUUAAUAUUAUUAUUUAUGAUUAUACAGUAAUAAUAUAUAAAACUUCUAUGUUUAUAUAUUUAGUGUAUUGAUGUAUCAAUGAUGUUUGCUGAAGCUGUAAGGCGAACUCAUAAUGGUGAAUCUGUAUCGUACCUGUUUUCAAAUGUACCGUAUUAG